AUGUCCGGUGAAAAACUUAAUGGGAUGACGAGCGACAGUGGUUCUGGUACUUGUCUAAGCCGUGAUUCUGCGUCCAUUGAUGAAAGCAGUGAUGCUCUGCCAUCCACUUCAGCCCACCAAUUUCAUUGCAUCACCACCACUGAGGGCAUCAGCAAUCUUGGAAUCGCAUUGAGAAUUUCAGAUGCUGAGGAACGGACAGAUGUUCACGAUGUAUACAAUUCCUCAAACAGGAUUUUCGAAACUUUUUUUAUGGUGAAGUUUCAACAAAGUGUUAGUGGAGUCACCGUUCAUGCCCAUGCGGAUGCAAAAGUAGUUCUCUCGCCUGAUGUUCAACCUGCAUCCGUCCGUGAUCACGGGUAUUGUGGCGGUCAACAUACUUUCUCGGUGAAGGACGCGGUUAUGAGCAGUGGCUGGGGUGAUGAUGAUAGGAUUGACGAAGCUAUACAGCUCUCUGAGAUAGAGCGCCAAGUGGUUGAUCGGCUAAUCUCACUGGGCGAUACCAUUGAACAGCAUUGUGGAGAAGAGAUUGACAAACUUCUUACCAGUCUCCGGGCCAUCAAAUCACCAACUGAGACCCUUCGUAAAAUUGCUGAGCUUGUUUUCAAGGAAGCCCAACUGAACUGGGGUCGCAUCCUUGUCUUUUUCUACUUCGUUGUCCGCUUCUUUCUGCGCUAUGCGGCGGAACGCCUAGCACAGGGUCUUGCCAAUCUCGCCUCCAUAGUUGCCAACGCUCUCAAGGAUAUCUGCACUGUUCGAAUCUUCCAGUGGAUAGCUGAUCAUGGUGGUUGGCGUCGACUUACACCUAUUGGAGGCGCACGAGUUGUGAGCUUUGAUCCUUUCUUGUCCUCGUUAACUUUCAUUAUCCUUGCCCUCGGCACAGCAUUUUUCCUGGGUCGGGCUCGAGUCUUCUUUUGA